AUGAAUAAUAACAAUAAGAAACCUUAAUCUUAGAAAGAGGUUAGAGCAAAAGUAGAUUCUGGAUUAAAUCGUAAAAACGAUGUCCUACAAAAACGAGUUUAAUCUGCAAUAUAGUUGGUUGAUAAAUUAGCCGAUUCGAAUGGAACAUUGACAGAUCAAUUAAAUAAUAUAGUUUAAGAUUAUCUGGUGAGAAGCAAUUGUUUCAAAUCAUUGGAGUAGUUCAGAGUAGAAUCUUAAUUUGCAACAGAAUAAAGUAAUGAAACAGAAAAUAUAAUUUUGGGUCAUUUUGAUAGAGGUGAAAGAGAGAAGUUUCUGGAAUCGUGGAGUCGAUACAUUCCAAUUCAAUAGAGACAAGAUCAUGAAUCUUGGAAGCUAGAAUUUUUUGUUUAAAUUUAUUUCCUUAUAUACCCGAUUCACCCUGUCUUUAAGAAGAAAGGUGUGAUGGAUAAAAACUCGGUUAAUCAAUUCAAGCAAUAUCUCGAUAGUAAAGGAGGUGAUUUAUCAAAGACAAAUGAAGUGUUGCCUUUUUAUGCCUUACCUUAUGUCAAGAAUCCUGAAAUACAUCCGAGCUUUUAGCAUCUAUUUACUCAUGAAUGGAUAGGUGAGUUGAGAUUCAGAUUGAAGGAAUUCAUCCAAUCCAUUUAUGGCCAAGAUUAAAAUGGGAGCAUUUUGAAAAGAUUAUUUUUGUCAAAGGAAGGAUCACAAAACAUCUAGUAAUAAGAGUUCUAAAAAAAGAUUGCAGACAACAUCAGGUAGUUGCAAUUGGAGAAUAACGAAUUGAAGAAGAAAAAUAAUUAGCAAGCUUAGGCUCUAUAGGAUAUUAAUUAAACUGCAUAAUAAAAUCUAUUUGAAGCCUAGAAAAAAUGGUUUUAAUUUACAGGGGAGAUGUUGAAGAUGGAGAAGGAGAUGAUCAAAUAUAUAGAGAAUAGCAAGAAGAAUCCAGAUUAAUUAUAAUAAUUUAAAAAGAAAAUUGGUCAAUGUGAUAGAUUCUUAAGUCAGAACUUAGAUGAACUCAUAAAUAAAUCAUAGGAUAUCUCCUUGUUUGAUAGAAUCACUUAGCCAGAUCAUGAUCUAUCGGAUCUCACCAAUUAAUAAUAAAUGAUGCCAAUCCAAUAAUCAAUUGAAGAGUAUAUCCCAUUGAAUUAUGAGAAGAUCAUAUAGUUAUUUACAAAAAAUAAUAAUCCAGUUCUUGUUGCAACAGUUCUAUAGGCUUUGCGAUGGAGAAUCACCAGGGCAAGGAGUGCAUUGGAAAGAAGAUCAGUAGUUGUUGCAUAUUAAACACAUGAUCUAAUUGGAACUCAUUAAAGAAACAUUGCCUUGGCUUAAUAUUUGAUGAUGAAAUCUCCUUAAGUAAUUUAAUGCUAGACUUUGAAAUUGAUGAAUGCUUUGGCAUCUGAUUAUGAUGGUAGAACAUAUUUGACAGGCAAUUCAUAAUUAAUUAAACUGUUAAUUGAAUUGAUCAAAAAGGAUUAAACUGAUUCAAUCAAAAGAAAGAAUGCAAUUGGCACUUUAUAAAAAUUGUCAUUGAGAAGACAAAGCCAAAUUUGGAUGCUUGACAAUGACAUUAUCUAGGUAGCCUUGAACAUUCUAAAGAGAGAAAAAUUUAAUCUAAGUGAAUACACCUAUGAAUACAUCACAGCUUUGAUUAUGAAUUUAUCAUUGAGUUCAAGAGGUCGAGAUGCUCUAUCCGUUCAUAAAGAAUUAGCAUUUGAAGUGCUAUUCGAAUUAAUUGAAUUUCCUAAUGAUCAGAUUAGAACAUUUACCAAUGGAACAUUCUAUUCCAUGUUUAGUAGAAGAGAUCUAAGAGAAUAUGCAUAUUAACUUAAUAUACCUCAAGAACUACCGAAACUACUGUCCAUCAGUGAUGAAAGAUUCAAGAAAUAAAUUUAAUAUAUGAUAGAAUAGUUAGAAAAUGAUGAUGAUGACUAUGACCAAUCUUAAUUGGAAGAAGAUAAUGAUGUGGAUGACUUAGAAGAUGAUGAAGAAUGUCCAGUUGAUGACGAAGAUGAAGAUGAUCUAGAGAAUAAUGAUAUGAUUGUUGGAGAGGAAUUAUUAAAGAAUGAAUUUGCUUUAGACAGUGAGUAAGCAGAAUAACAAAGAUAGUUGAUGGAAUCAAUCAUGCAAAAAGAACUAUAAUAGAGAAGUGCAUAUUAAGAAUAAUUAAGAGAGUCUUAGUUGGAAAAAAUGCCUGUUGGAUAAGGACCAUUCAUAGCAGACAGUCUACUUCCAAAUGUGAACAUUAACAACAAACUUUCUAAUGGAAAUCCAAAGAAUCCUCAAUAGUCAGCUUAAGCCUUUGCCUCUAGACCAAAGAUUCCCAGAACUCCUCCGGUUUAAUAAAAUUACCAGCAUUGA